AUGAAUCGGACCUUGAAGGAGACUUUGUCCAAAUUGGCUAUUGAGACUGGAGGGGACUGGGUGACCCUCCUGCCUUAUGCCAUCUUCCAGGUUCGGAACUCACUCUAUGUGCAUGGAUUGACGCCCUUCGAAAUUCUCAUUGAGGAACAGAAAGAGGCAGAGGAGUGGACAGCGCGGAGGCACCCAGACAACCCCUUGAAGUUGAGCUUCCGGGGGAAGGAUGUGGAACACCCGACUGUUCCGAGCGAUCGUCUGGCUCCCCGCUUGCGCCAGGAAGGUGGAGGCCAGUCCCAGGUAGUUGAUCUGGAGGAGGAACUGCUGCGGGGUUCAGCCCCCCACACUCAGGAUACCCCGAAUGAGGAGCUGCCAGCCCCCAGUGCCGUCUCAGGAGGGACGCCACCUCCAGAGGCCACUGGGGAAGCAACUCGUGCCGAUGCCAGGCAAACGUGCCAGCCGCCCAGCUCCAGGGCCGUCCACAAAGACAGAACACUGGCCACCAGCAGACCCCAGCCUCAGGGGGAAGGCUCCUCCCUCCUAGCACGACAGGCAAAGACACUAAAGAGACCUGCUUCUCCAGGCCCUGGCAAACACAGAAAGCCCAAUGCCAUGGAUCUGGCCUCCAGAUCACCCCCCAGUGUCACGAAGUCAGCCUGUGCCACUCACAACCCCGUGCCUUGUGGGUCAGGCCGGGGCCCCUGCCACCUGGCCAACCUCCUCAGCACAUUGACCCAGAACAGCCGAAACACAGACCAGAAGAAGGGACCCCCAGAAGUGACCUGCCAAGUCCGGAAAAAGACUCGAACCCUUUACCGCUCAGACCAGCUGGAGGAGCUAGAGCGGAUGUUCCAAGAAGACCACUACCCUGACAGCGACAAGCGCCAGGAGAUAGCCCAGACAGUGGGGGUCACUCCCCAGCGCAUCAUGGUAAAGGGGACUGGUCAACUGGCUGGGUGGGAGGUGCCUGAGGAGCUACCCACUGGAUCCCCGAGGCCUGGGCUGGUGUGGUUCCAGAAUCGCCGGGCAAAGUGGAGAAAAGUUGAGAAAUUGAAUGGGAAAGAAAACAAGGGCAGUCCCACAGCCGCUGCCAGCAGCCAGUGCAGCUCUACAGAGGAGCCCCCGCCUCCCAUGGCCGUGGACAGAGAGUCUGGCACCUUCCCUCCAGAGCCCACUCUGGACACCUUACCAGAGCCCCCUAUGCUGAUGAUGUCCGACCAGACUCUGGCACCCACCCAACAGAGCGAGGGUACGCAGAGGAUGGUGACCCCACCACUCUUCAGCCCCCCACCUGUUCGAAGAACCAACUUUCCUUUUCCCCUGGGCCCUGCCCACACCCCCCAACUGAUGCCUCUGCUGGCCGAUGUUCCUGGUAGUGAGAGCAGCCACAAGGAUGGUCCCUACGGGUCCUGGGGGACAAGCGUCUCACCACCCAUGUGCUCGUAUCUGGAAGACCUGGAAGCCCAGGAUCACCAGCAGAGCAGCCAGCCGGGGCCCUUCCAGUUCUCCCAAGCGCCUCAGACUCCGCUUUUCCAGGCCCCUCAGCCCCAGUUCUCCUAUCUGCCUCCCUUCCCCUUCCCCAUGCCCAGCCCACUGACCUUCCCUCCACCAGAAGACCCUCUCUUUAUGUUUCCCUGUGGCCCCAGUGGGGGCGUGUCACAGGGCUACUACCCUGGCCCUCCAUCGGGGCAGAUUCUACUGCAGCCACCUGCUGGGAACAUGGGUGCAGUGCCCUGGAGUGACCUGUGUUUGCCAGAACUGCCCUUCCCUGGUCCACUCUACCCACAGACUCUGGGGCUUCCCGCAGGAGCAGAUGGCUACUUUCCUGAUCUGUUUGCAGCUGCCAGUGCUCAGGCAAUGAGCAGGCAGCCUUCGCCAGGCCUUGCCCCGCCACCACCAGAAGGGGUCAGACCAGGAACUGGGCCCUCGCUCAGCAAGGCCCAAGAAAAGCAGCCCGCCUCGUCCCUGGAGCCGCCCACGGCAUUGGAGGAGGUCAGAGAGGAAGACAGGAAUGGCUGUGUCGCCUAG